AUGCAUACAACACCUUCUUUCGACCUCACUCGUUACACAGGCACGAUAGGCGUACGAAGGAGGGAAACUCUGGCCGCCGAAGGAGGAACAUAUCCGGCCAAGCCACACGCCACGCACAGACAUCGCCAGCAACCUCACCACAUGCCGUCGUUAAUCAUCAAACCCCCAUACGAGCAAAGCGGCAUACCAUCGGCCUCAGCUGCGAAACUAUCACAUCAAGCAGACGGUUCGCCACUCAACAACGACAGCAACACUAACGCGACUGCCGAAGAGGCAGCACCCACGUCGCCAGUAGCGCCUGAAUACUCCCCCAUCACACCGCGAGCGCAACCGGCUCUGCCCGCCAUAUACGAACCGCAGACCAUUAGCGGGAGCAACGACUAUGGUCAGCCAGCUCCAAUACCGACCUCGGUAGCGCGGCCUCCAUCUCCACCACCAACCGCAGAGUUCAUCCCAGAACCUGCGCCCCAACCUUUCUCUGGCGAAGAUGCUACGGACGCGAUAGCGCUGAGAGCGGCGAUAUCCUCGCUGCAGUUCCAGAAGAAGAAGGCGCAGGAUGAUAUCAGACGACUCGAGAAGAUCAAACAGAAGGCUUUAGAUGAGCCAGAGCUGUUCAAGAGUGAGCUUGCAGCCGGUCGGUUGCAGGAGCAGAGGCCGAAGAUUGGCGAUCUACGAGCUAUCCUGGAUCAUGAGGGCAGCGAUGAUGACGACGAGGAGGUCGUGCUGGGAGCCGUCGCAGAUGGUGAAGACGUGGAGAUGAAGGAUGCUGAAAUACCAGACUCACAACCAUCACGGCUAACAUCUUCCGACCCAGCGCAGGCCAGAAAGUCAAGCAUUGCGCCAUUCGACCGCAUACCCGGACCUCAGAAUGUUGUACGUAUGCCAUACGUUAACUGGGAAAAAUACCACAUCACCGGCUCGCCACUCGAGAGUAUGCACGAGCAGCAGCGAAGGUGGCCUGGCAAUACCGCGUACGGAACAGACAGAGGCCGAGAGCAGACAGUGGCUGCGCCAUACAGUCCGUGGCUCGAUUCUCUUGACGGGCAGGGACAGCAGAGAUGGGGGAGGAAUGACAGCAUGGCUGUUACGACGCCUACCACUGCUGUGACACCGACGAGCGCGGAUAACAUGCAUGUUAUGGAGACUAGGAAGAAGAGCAAUCAGUGA